AUGGACACGUCUUUAGAAGAUCCAUCAUUGGAGUUAAGAAGCAACACGCAACCACAAAACACUAAUAAGGUCAAAGGUAACAAUAGCGUCGCUGGUUGUUUUCCGGACGACCAUCAACCAUACCGCGAAAUUCGAGAUAUUGGCGGUAGCUUAUCAGCAAAUAUGCCACCAAUUAAACUACAGCAUGUGGUAUCCUGUAGCAGCGAAGACCCGAACCACAAAGCUGAUAACUUAUUAAAGGAUGAGACUUACAGAAAAUGGAAAUGCAAGUCAGCUGGUGAGAAGAAUGUGUCAGUUAUAUUACAAUUUGAGAAAUCCACUCAGAUACAUUCCAUUGAUAUUGGUAAUGAUGGGUCAGCAUUUGCUGAAGUCUUGGUCAUACUGGUGUCAUCAUCAUUUAUGAGUCCUGCUGAAAGUAAAAACUGCAAUAAUGUAAACAGGGUCCGGAUAUUCGGUUCUGAUAAACUCAGCAAAACAGUUUGUAAUCAGAAUUGGGAUCGAGUCAAGAUUGUGUGUACACAACCAUUUAACAAGCACACAGCCUUUGGUUUGUCAUUCAUUAAGUUUCACUCGCCUCCACUACCAGGUGAGGAAAAAUCACCUGCACAGGCCACUACAACAACAUUGGGAGCUUUCAAAAUAAGAUCUGACUCUCCACAAAAAAUCACACCAGGGUUGUUUUUUAAAACUGCAAAGGAGAAAAAGGAGACUGAACCUAUUAAAGAUGCAGCAGCUGUCCGAGCAGCACCAACUGUUGCAGCAAGCACAGAAACUACUGCUUCAUCAACUUCUAAAUCACCAUUACCUUCAACACAGAGUAAAAGAAAACUCUCGCAAGAUGAAGUGAAGCCAUCCAUGAGUAAAAAGAGAUCUAUCACACCACCCAAAGAAAGAAAACCUGAAGUAAAAGCACCUCCUUUGAAGAAAACUAAAUCGGAGCCUACUAAAGCAUCAACUGGGAAAGAGUUUUCCCAAUUAAUGAAAGGUGUAGUGUUUGCACUGAGCGGUUUCCAGAAUCCAAAACGAGGAAAUAUACGAGAUAAAGCACUAGACAUGGGAGCCAAAUACAAAUCAGACUGGUGUAAUGAGUGUACACAUCUCAUAUGUGCAUUUGCUAAUACUCCAAAAUAUAACCAGGUGAAGAAAAAGGGAGGAAAGAUAGUAUCUGAAAAGUGGAUUUUUGACUGCUACAAGAGGAAAAUGCGGUUGCCAUGGAAAAGUUACAGAAUAGGAGAUGCUCCUAGUGAUGAAGAGAGCGAGGAAGAAUCGGAAGAGAUGGAUGAUGAUGAGGAGGAUGAUUGGGUGCCAACGCCAAAGAAAACAACACCAAAAAAAGUGCAGACAAAAACAACACCAAAACAAAAACCUGUUACCGCUCAAAAAAAAGAAAAUACCCCCAAAAAAUUAUCACCAAAAGCAGCACCAAAACCAGGUAGAAUGAAUAAAAUUUAUUUGAACUUUUUAUGGAAGUUUACAUCAAAGUUGGAUGACUUGGAUUUCGCAGAUGAUUUGGCGCUGAUAGCAUCCACAAAACAGCAUAUCCAACAAAAAACUGACAGGUUUUUUACAGAAGCUCAACGAGUUGGUCUAAAAGUGAAUUCCCAGAAGACAAAAUUAAUGAGAAUUAAUGCAAGAAAUGUUGACAGAAUUUACAUCGAUGGCGAAGUUGUUGAAGAUGUCAACGAAUUUGUGUACCUGGAUGCAACCUUAACAAAAUCAAGAGGAGGAAUGGGAGACAUGGAAAACAGAAUUUCAAAGGGGAGAAAUGCAUUCAGUCAGGCAGCUUAA